UCAAAUUUACUCAAAUAUUCGCACACAAAAACUGAAAUAAUUUAACAAAUAUUUAUUGCUAAAUCACACACUAAAACCCCCUUUUGAAAUGUCAUCAUAUUCUAUUGAAAAUCAAAACCCUAACAAUUCUUUACCACUAAAUCUCUGGCUAAACAACCAAAAAACCUUAAAUCGUGUCUUUUGUUCCGCCAUUCGUCGCAAAACCCUGCCACAAAUCGCCGUAUCUAAUGAUUUCACCUCACUCAUUUCAGAUGAGACACUACUUCACAUCCUGUCCAAGAUUUCUGAAACAUCAGAAAGGAACUCCAAUUGUUUGGUUUCGAAGCGUUGGCUGAACCUGCAAGGACGGUUAGUAAGAUCGGUUAAUGUUUUCGAUUGGGAGUUUUUAAUAUCGGGUCGUAUGUUUUUUAGGUUUCCUAAUCUUACCCAUGUUGAUUUAUUGUAUGCAAGUGUUGUUUUUAGUAGUACUAAUUAUGGUUUAGAUUCGGGAGUUUUUGUUGGGAAUGAAAUGGGGUUGUGUAGAAUAGGUGUUGAUGAGUUUUUAUGUAAUGAAAAUGUUUUUUUGCCCGUUGAAGAAGUUGAUUUCGGGUUAAAAGUUUUAGCUAGUGUGUACCCGAAUUUAAGGAGAUUAGUGGUAGUGAAUUGUAGUGAAAUCGGGUUGUUGAGUGUUGCAGAAGAAUGUCCUAUAAUGCAGGAGUUGGUUUUGCAUAUGUGUAAUGAUAAUGUGUUGAUUGGGAUAGCGGCGUUUGCUAAUUUGCAGAUAUUGAAGUUGGUUGGAUUCGUUGAUGGGUUUUAUCGGUCUUUGGUUAGUGAUCGAGGGUUGAUGAUUUUGGCACAAGGGUGUACGAGGUUAGUGAAGCUUGAGCUUCAAGGAUGUGAAGGUGGUUAUGAAGGAAUUAAAGCGAUUGGUGAGUGUUGUCAAAUGCUUGAAGAGUUGAUGUUUUGUGAUCAUAGGAUGGAUGAUGGGUGGUUGUCGGGUGUUUCUUAUUGUGAUAAUUUAAAAAUUUUGAAGCUUGUUUCGUGUAAGGGUAUUGAUCGGAAUCCUGGAAUUGAUGAUGACUCCUUGGGGGUUUGCCCGAUGCUUGAAAGAUUGCAUUUGGAAAGGUGUCAGCUAAGAGACAAGCAAAGUGUCAGGGCCUUGUUUCUUACAUGUCAAACUGCGAGUGAAGUUGUUUUGAAGAAUUGUUGGGGAUUGAAUGACGCCAUUUUCUUUAAUGCAAAUCUGUGCAGGAGGCUGAAAUCUGUCUCUAUAGAAGGAUGCUCAAGGUUAACAAUGCAAGGUCUCGAGACCGUGGUGCUUUCAUGGAAAGAACUUGAAACCCUCCAAGUGAUAUCAUGUAAAAACAUAAAGGACGGUGAAGUCACUCCUUUGCUAUCUGCCUUAUUCUCUGAUCUUAAAGAUUUCAAAUGGUGCCCAGGUAACGCUUAUCUUACAUCAACAAGACUCUCAUCUUCUGACAUUGGAAAACGAGGAGGUAAAUUCUUCAAGAAGUUUCAAAUAUAAACAUUUGGAACAGAAUUUCAACUUAAGGACUUCAAACACACAUGUAACGUCCCAUUUGCCAACAGACUCCCAUCUUUUCUCACAUAGGAAAACAUGUGAAAGUAGGAAUCUGAAAUGCUUUCAUUUCGGUUCAAGAAAUUCAAGCUUCUAAUUUUGGUUAACACCCCAAAUAGCUACCAAUAUGAACAUUUGAAAUUCGAAAGUUGAAGUUAUUUAUUUGACAGCACCAAUUCCAUAGUGUGCACGUUGCCUUGUAUGUAUCUAUAUGCUUUGUAAUGUACGAUUAUUUCUGUAUUCACUAUAACAACACUCAUGUAUUGUACUAACAAGUCGAACAUCUGCAUAAUAAUGCAUAAUAUGGAGUGAGUUCUUAUAUUCUUAGACAACAUUGUAUGAAAGCAUACAUGAUAUCUACAUGGAAGUUAGUUUUUAAGAAUCUUUGGGGGGGAAAUGGGCUUUCUUUAUGGCCCAGUAGUUGAAUUUAUCUUUUUUUUGCAACUAUUAUGUUUUCAAAUUGUGUUACUAAACUAUGACAUUCAUUGUAAAAGAUAUGGUAAGAUGUCACUCAAAAUAAUGAAA